AUGUCUGAGAAGUCCCAGUCUAACCUGCAGAGCACUCAGCCAUCAGCUCCCAGCAACACCCAAGAUGAGUUUGAUGGCUCUCUGCCAAUUACCCAUAGCCCCCAAUUCACUACCCUACACCCUAUACCCACUGUCCAGAGCCAACAAGUCAGUUCCCCAAAGACUCCACUGGCCCCCAGCACUCGCCAGAUCAGUAUCCAAACGCUUCCACCAGCUGUCACCACCCGGCCCAUCCGUCUCCAAGAGCCUUCAUCAGCUCUCCACAGCUACCAGCCCAGUAUCGAAGAAUCUCCACCAAGUGUCCACAGUCCCUGGGUCAGUAUCCAAGAGCCUCCACCUGCUACCCAUGGUCACAGGCUCAGUAUCCAAGGACCUCUACCUGAGACCCACAGUAGCCGGGUCAGUGUGGAAGAGGCUUCACCCGCUACCCGUGGUCGCAGGGUCAGUAUCCAAGAGCCUCCACCUGCUACCCGUGGUCAUAGGGUCAGUAUCCAAGGACCUCUACCUGAGACCCACAGUAGCCAGGUCUGUGUGGAAGAGGCUUCACCGGCUACCCGUGGUCGCAGGGUCAGUAUCCAAGAGCCUCCACCUGCUACCCAUGGUCAUAGGGUCAGUAUCCAAGGACCUCUACCUGAGACCCACAGUAGCCAGGUCAGUGUGGAAGAGGCUUCACCGGCUACCCGUGGUCGCAGGGUCAGUAUCCAAGAGCCUCCACCUGCUACCCAUGGUCAUAGGGUCAGUAUCCAAGGACCUCUACCUGAGACCCACAGUAGCCAGGUCAGUGUGGAAGAGGCUUCACCCGCUACCCGUGGUCGCAGGGUCAGUAUCCAAGAGCCUCCACCUGCUACCCGUGGUCAUAGGGUCAGUAUCCAAGGACCUCUACCUGAGACCCACAGUAGCCAGGUCAGUGUGGAAGAGGCUUCACCCGCUACCCGUGGUCGCAGGGUCAGUAUCCAAGAGCCUCCACCUGCUACCCGUAGUCGCCGGCUCAGUGGCCAAGGGCCUCCAACAACUGUCUUUAGUCAUCAGCUGAGUAUCCAAGAAUCUCCACCAGAUAUCCACAGUCGCCAGCCCAGUAUCCAAAAAUCUCCACUAAAUGUCCACGGUUAUGAGCUCAGUCUUGAAGAAUCUCCUCCCCUGGACCAUAUUCAUUCAGCUUGCCACCUCAGCCAAUCCAAUAUCUGCCUGACAUCGACUCAGACUCCCGGCUUCACAAACAAACAAACCCGGCCCAUUGUCCAUAUCCCCCCAUCCAUUACCCAGAGCCCCACAGCCAGCAUUGACAGCAUUGAAUCCAUUAACUGGAACUCCCAAGCCCUUUCCAAAGAAAGCACGCUCAUCUCCCAACUCAACCAGACCAGUCCUGAUGACACGCCCAACUUGUCAGACAGUGCCACUGGCAUCGAUUCCAAGAGGUUUCAGAAAAGCAGUAGCCGUCAGGUACGGCUGCCCAUAUGCUGGCGCCUGCUGCAUGAGGCCAGGAAGAUCGGCCGCCAGCUGAGCCUGGUCCUGAACCUGGCUGGCCUGGUAAUCAUCAGUCUCAUCUCUCUGGGCCAGCCCUGGAUGCACUUCCAGGUGCCACUGACGCCCCCUGGGCACCCUGCUGGCUCCCCGACCGUGCCCAUUGACACCGUCCUCUUUGUGGCGUGUUCCGACAUCUCCUGCCUGAAGGAGUAUGACCAGUAUGCUUACUUGCUGGACCUCGCCUGGGCCUUCUUCUUCUUCUCCAGCAUCACCAGCUUCUGCCUCUGUGUGGCCCUAGGACUCCUCAUCUUCUUCUCCAAUUCCAACCUGCCCUUGCUGGACUUCUUACUCUUCGUCGGCAGCAUCAUGACAGGGACCAGCAUUGCACUGGGUGUCCUGUUCUACCUGUGGCAGGCUGACAGGUACCUGCAAGAAGGCAUGACAUACAGGCUCGGGAUCAGCUUCUACCUGGCAUGGAUUGGCACCUUCCUGUUCCUGAUGACUGGUUUCCUCUCCUACCUAAAUUACAUGAAUUUCUGGUCUAUCCUGGCGCUCCAGGCCGUCUGGACUUAGGACGCAGGAAUGACCCACUACCAUGCAUGGCUCCUCAUCAAGCACCUGCUCCAGCGCCAUCCCCUCCAAGAGCCUUGUACUUUUUCAGCCCCCCUGACACUCCUCAU